GUUACUAACAAAUAUGAACCUUACGAAAAGAAAUACAAUGUGUAGGCGUUUUGAACAAACUUAAAGAAGCAAUCUAAACCUAAAAACGAGAUUUUGACAAUGUUUUGUCAACGUAAUUUUAUAUUUUUUCAGUAAAAAUAUAAACUGAAUCUCCUAACUAUAGGUAGAGAAACAUAAUCUAGAUUAUAUUGAUAAUAAACAAAAGUUCUUUGAAUUAUUUCCACAUCACUACUUCCUACUAUAAUAUCCAUUCAUAAUUUGAACGAUAUAUCAUUGUUUAGGUUCUAGCUUUUGUGAUGCAUUCUAAAGAAACAUGAAAAUAAACGGACUUUUCUUUCAACAAUAAAAUAAUGACUUAUAUAAUUUUGGUUCAUGGGAAUCUUGACUUCAUAACUGUUGAUGAUAAAUCCAUAAUUGUCAGGUGGUAGCUGUAUAAUGAUUCAACAAAAAGAAGAUUUAUUGUUUUAGGAAGCAUCUAGAAAUAUAUAUAUACAUCACAAUGCUUGCUUACUAAAUUUUGGACAUUUAUUAAAUGAACAGUUAAGCAUGAUUUACGCCUUGAAUAAUUGUUCAUUAUUGAUUCUAUGCCAAUUUUUUUUUAAACUCAAGCGUUUAUCUCAAUUUCUUUUAUUCAUUGUUUAAUAUUUCUAAUUUUACCCCAAACCAUUUUUCAUGUCAACUGACUUUCAAUGGUUUACAAAUAACAAUAAAUACUGACGCCUUUAAUGUGAGUUUGUGGAAAGGGAGUAUAGAUGUCUGUUUAAGUCUGCCGCUACUUCAAAAUACGAAUUUAAAAGAAAUUCAUACCUUGUAUGUUUAGGUGUAAGUUAGAAUUUCAAUCUCCAAGCCGAUAAAUAUUUUCUUAUGACCGGUAUGACGGUUCCAGUUUGUUCGAUGAACAGUACAGGUGAUAUUUAUCUAUUAAAUCAGGAUUUGAUUAAUGCAGCAAAUACUGCUAUAUAUUUAAAUACUCAAUUAAAUUCAAUGUAUUAUACAACAUUAAACAUGACAGAAUUAAAUGAUUUUCAAUCAAAUAAUUUGCCAUUAUUAGAACAAUACAUUAAUGUACAUGGUACUACACAUAUGUCUUAUUGUUCACGUGUGACAAGUUUUAAAUCCAAUUUUUAUUUACGUAAUAUUUUACAAACUUAUGUACAACCCUUUGUAAUAUUCUUUACAAUUAUAACAAAUUGUUUAAUAUCAAUUGUAUUAAAUUAUCCAACAAUGCGUAAUUCAACCAAUAUUAUAUUAUUAGGUAUAGCUAUAUGUGAUUUAUUAACUGUAUUAUUACCAUUACCUGUAUAUUUAUGCUUUUUAACAAGUAAUAUAUUUUCUGAAAAUUUAACAAUAUUUAAAGGAUAUAGUGUAACUUAUUUAACUACAAUAUUACCAACAGUAUGUCAUACAUCAUCAAUAUGGUUAACUGUAUUAUUAGCAUUACAACGAUUUAUUUAUGUACAAUUUCCAUUAAAAGCAAAUCAGAUUUGUUUAUGUCAAUGGAGAUCAGUUCAAUUAUUAAUUAUUUUAACUGUAUUCGCUGGUUUAUUAUUACAAUUACCGCAUAUGAUUGUAAUGCAUUUUAUUAAUGCAUUAGAAUAUUGUUUUUUAUCAUCGACAUCCUCAUCCUCAUCACCACUACCGCAAUCAUCAUCAUCCUUACCACCACCACCAUCAUCAUCAUCACCACCAUCAUUAUCAAUAUCAAAUUAUUUAUCUGAUUCACAAUUUAUUUCAUAUCUAUUUAAUACUACUGAUAAAAUAAAUCAUUAUAAUUAUAUAAGAUUUCAUAAAAUUAAUUUAAUGAAAUGUACACCAAUGAGUCAAACAAUAUUUUUUACAUUAUUAUUAAUACGUGUAUUAAUUGUUAAUUUAAUACCAUGUAUUAUGUUAACUAUAUUAACUGGUUUAUUAAUUAUGGCAUUAAGACGUUUUAUACAAAAUAGACUAAAAUUAUUAAAAAUCAAUAAUCAUAAUAAUAAUAGUAAUGAUAAUAAUAAUAAAUCAAUAACAUUUUAUAAAAAUAAUAUAAAUUCAUAUAUAAUCAAUAAAAAAUAUAAUGAAAUAAAUCAAUUAGAAAAAUCUGAUCAAUCUAAUCAAAAUGAAAUCAAUUUAUUGAAUAAUCAAUUAAAAUCAAUAAAAAAUAAUAAAAAUUUAAAAAAAAAAUCAUUACGUCAUAAUUUAACUGAUACUGAUUCUACAUCAAAAAUGAUGCUUGUUAUAUUGGGAAUAUUUUUAUUUACAGAAAUACCAACAACAAUAUGUUUAUGUAUUUAUGCAUUUAUAACAUUAUUAGAUAUUUAUCCACCAUCAGCAUUUUAUCAAAUUGUUGAAAUCUGUAAUUUUCUGGUGAUAUUAUCUUAUCCAGCAAAUUUUUUUGUAUAUUUGGCUAUGUCAAGACAAUUUAAAAAUACCUUCUGGAAAAUAUUCUAUCAAUUACGUCGUAAUAGUAAUGAUAAUAAUCGUACUACCAUUGAACAAUAAAAUUAUAAAUAUCAAUGUCAGCUCAUUUGAAUAUGGAACUCAUUAUUGUUCAUUUUAAAUUGAAUGAAAAGAUGUUUUUUGUUUUGUUUUUGUUUUCUUGCCAUUAUUAACAGUAAAUGAAUAAAACAUUUUUACAUACUCUUGUUUAUCUCUUCAUCAGAACAUAAUAUUCAAUAUAUAGUUCAAAUGAAUUAUUAUUAUUAUUAUUA